AUGGUCAGUGGGCAUGGUGGGGGUGGGUUGGGCUUGGACUUGAUCAUAGAGGUCUUUUCUAUCACUGUAUGAUAAUAAUAGACUGUAGGGGCCAAUGGGCUCAAUAUCAGCUGAAUUGGUUCCUCUCUUGGAGGAAAAAGGGAGCAAUGAGAGGCAGUGCUGUCCAUGUGGAGAACCAGGUAUUUUGAAGAGGAUGAACAGAGGUACAGAAGACCAUAGGCUGAGUAUUAGCAUGCACAAGAUUGAUGGAAAUGCAACGAGAAAGGCUGGUUUGAUCAGAAAUUGUUAUGCAACAGAGCUUGAAAGCCGUGGUGGCUGUUAAUUUUUCAAUGAACAGCACAGUGCCUGGCCAGCAUGUGGUACUUGGGGUAGAGGGUUUGUUUGGAGAGCUAAUAGAGAAAAGAGCAAAGGAGAAGCAGAUGGCAGCAGCACUGUCUAGCCAGGCCAUCAACCACCAAACCUCUACAGCCUCAGGUGCAACUUAAUCCCAAAUUAGUGCUGUAUGGCUCCAGGCAUCCCACUGCUGUGUGUGUAAUUGAGGGAGGGCAGAGUCCUUUGUCUGGUAGUGCUCAUGUAAUAGUGACCACACUUAACUGACAGCAACAGGAUUUAGGGGGCUGGGAAGAUUUCCUGCGUGUCCCUCCAGGCUCCUGCUGGGCUUCACUUCCCUCCACUGUUCUCCCCACCAUUUAUCUCCCCAGGUUUAGGUUGAAUGUUCUAGCAGGUGUCCACUUUGAGAUGGGACCAUCUCACCCAGAGGAAGCAUCUCACCCAGACUCACCCCUUCCCAGCCCACGCUCCAGCUGAGGUGGGUUGCUGAGUUGAUAUAUGAUGACACUGCCCAGUUUCAGUGCUCACAUCUCCCACGUAUCCUGCAUGCCCUGCUCAUUAUCCUCAGGAACGAUUGGCUCGUAACCAUCUCACAACUGGUUCCAGGCUGUUUCCACAAAGCCAGGCGAAUCAUGGCAUUCAGAACUGGAAGCAGUGGCAGUUGCAGGACCUGGUUGUCAGGGAUAUUGUCACCAUGGAGCUGUUGCCAUGGUGCUGCUUCCUCACUCUGACGGAGAGAUGCAAAGUAUGCUUAAUUUUUUGAAGAAAGGCGGAAGAACGGGCAACCAUCGAUGAAGUGGAAACAGAUGUGGUGGAGAUAGAGGCAAAGCUUGACAAGCUGGUGAAGCUAUGCAGUGGGAUGAUUGAAGCAGGCAAAGCCUACAUCACCACAAACAAGCACUUUGUCAGCGGAGUCAGGGAUUUGUCACAACAGUGCAAGAAAGAUGAAAUGAUUUCGGAGUGCCUCGACAAAUUUGGGGACAGUCUGCAAGAAAUGAUCAACUAUCACAUGAUCCUGUUUGACCAGGCUCAGAGGUCUGUUCGACAGCAGCUGCACAAUUUUGUGAAAGAUGAUGUCCGGAAAUUCAAGGAAACCAAGAAACAGUUUGACAAAGUGAGAGAAGACAUGGAGAUUUCACUGGUGAAGAACGCCCAGGCGCCUCGGCACAAACCCCAUGAAGUGGAGGAGGCAACAGGAACCCUGACCAUAACCAGAAAAUGUUUUCGGCAUCUGGCCCUCGACUACGUGUUGCAGAUCAAUGUCCUGCAGGCCAAGAAGAAGUUUGAAAUACUGGAUGCGAUGCUGUCCUUCAUGCAUGCCCAGUACACCUUCUUCCAGCAGGGCUACAGUCUUCUCCAUGAGCUGGAUCCCUACAUGAAGAAGCUUGCCAUAGAGCUGGACCAGCUGGUGAUUGAUUCUGCAGUGGAGAAGAGAGAGAUGGAGCAUAAACAUGCAAUGAUACAGCAGAGGACCCUCCUGCAGGACUUCUCCUAUGAUGACUCAAAGGUGGAGUUUAAUGUCGAUGCCCCAAAUGGAGUGGUGAUGGAAGGCUACCUCUUCAAGAGAGCCAGCAAUGCUUUCAAAACAUGGAAUCGGAGGUGGUUCUCCAUACAGAACAGCCAGCUGGUGUACCAGAAAAAACUAAAGGAUGUCCUCACGGUGGUGGUGGAAGACCUGCGGCUCUGUACUGUCAAGCCAUGUGAAGACAUAGAGAGGAGGUUCUGCUUUGAGGUCGUCUCACCUACCAAGAGCUGCAUGCUGCAGGCUGACUCAGAGAAGCUGCGUCAGGCCUGGAUUCAGGCUGUUCAAGCCAGCAUCGCUUCUGCGUACCGGGAGAGUCCUGACAGCUACUAUAUUGAAAGACUGGACCGAACUGCUUCCCCAUCAACCAGCAGCAUUGAUUCUGCUACCGACUCACGGGACCGCAAUGUGAAAGGGGAGACCAUCUUGCAAAGAGUGCAGAGCAUCCCUGGGAACGACCAGUGCUGUGACUGUGGUCAGCCAGAUCCCCGGUGGGCCAGCAUCAACCUGGGCAUUCUGCUAUGCAUUGAGUGCUCUGGUAUCCACAGGAGUCUGGGUGUCCACUGCUCCAAAGUCCGAUCUCUCACACUGGACUCCUGGGAGCCAGAGUUACUGAAACUGAUGUGCGAGCUGGGAAACAGCACCAUGAAUCAGAUCUAUGAGGCACAAUGUGAAGAACUGGGACUUAAGAAACCAACAGCAGGGAGCUCCAGGCAGGACAAGGAAGCUUGGAUCAAGGUGAAAUACGUGGAGAAGAAAUUCCUGAAGAAGCUAGCAAGUGGAGAGGCUCUGGCAGAGAACGAGCGGAAACCUCGACGUUGGUGUGUGAAGAAAUGCCAGAGGAACAACAGCACCACAAAAGCACCCACAGCUCGGAGGAAGUACCGCCACGAAGCGGGCAACGCAUCACCAGCCAUGCUGUCAUCAGCAGCCACGCUGGAGAGGAAGUUCCGUCGAGAUUCCCUCUUUUGUCCUGAUGAACUGGACUCUCUCUUCUCCUACUUUGACACUGGUGCAGGCUCUGGCCCACGCAGUGCCAGCCACAUCUCUAUGCAGCAUCCGCUAGCAGGUGGCCCAUGGAGUGGCAGUGGCAUUGGUCCCGGUGGGAGCGGUAUGCCGUUCCUCCUGGACGGAGGUCUGAGCAGUGACAGCGGACUUGGAGGAAGCACAGAUGGCAGCACUGAUAUCCUGGUGUUUGGCUCUGUGGUGGACAGCGUGACAGAGGAAGAGUGUGAGGUGUCAGAGGAGUCAAGUGGAGAAGCAGAGAUUGAACAGGAGGCAUCAGAUCUGGAGGACCUGAGGGAGCUGCAUCCUGGCUUAUUGAUCUACAAGGCAGCACAGGCCCGAAACCUGCCGCUCAUGGCAGAAGCCCUGGCACAUGGUGCUGAGGUCAACUGGGUGAAUGAUGAAGAUGAAAACAAAACUCCUCUGGUUCAAGCUGUGAUGGGGGGCUCCUUGAUAGCCUGUGAAUUCCUGCUGCAGAAUGGGGCAGACGUUAACCAAAAAGAUAGCAGAGGCCGGGCUCCCUUGCAUCAUGCCACAUAUAUGGGACAUACUGGCCAGGUCUGCUUGUUCCUCAAGCGAGGGGCAAACCAGCAUGCAGUAGACAGUGACGGGCAGGACCCGCUCAGUAUUGCAGUCCAGGCAGCCAACGCAGACAUUGUUACCUUGCUGCGUCUGGCUCGAAUGAAUGAGGAAAUGCGAGAAGCAGAGGGCCCCUUUGGACAGCCAGGUCAAUAUCCCAGCAACAGCCCCACUGAGCUCCAGUACAAGAAGUGUAUACAGGAGUUCAUCAGCCUUAAUAUAGAUGAGUGUUAGUGACAA